AUGGCUGAUUCGCCUCGCAAAAGGUACUCACGGUCACCUUCACCUUUGGGAGCCCAAUCCAGGUCCAGAUCGCGGUCAAGGUCAAGGUUGAGGUCCAGAUCUAGAUCCUGGUCUAGGCCGAGGACCGGCUUUCGGGGCAGAUCAAGGUCCAGGAGUCGUGGCAGGUUUGUUUAUGACUUCCAUCUUCUUCCAUUAGUAUGGGCAUCUUGUUAUAACUGCACUUUUAAGGUGUGGAAGCCACAUCCAUGUCUCAUGGAUGGUUGGUGUCUUCAGGACUCUUUCUCAACCAUUGACCAAUUUCGCAGGAAUGAAGUUGAAAAUCCUGGAACUACACUUUAUGUGACUGGCCUAUCUACGAGGGUCACAGAAAGAGAUCUUGAAGACCAUUUCUCCAAGGAAGGAAAGGUUGCUUCAGUUUUCCUGGUUGUGGAGCCCCGCUCACGAAUCUCUCGGGGUUUUGCUUUCAUAACGAUGGAUAGUCUUCAAGAUGCUGAGCGUUGCAUUAAAUAUCUUAAUCAGUCAGUUCUCGAAGGGCGAUACAUAACUGUGGAGAGGUCCCGGAGGAAACGCGCAAGAACUCCCACACCUGGUCACUAUCUCGGGCUGAAAAGCACAAGGGACCAGGGCUAUCGUGGUGACCGUGGCGAUCGUGGUAGGUAUCAUGGUGGCUCUAGUCGCGAUGACUAUGGAUACCGUAAAUCUCCCAGGCGCUCACCCUUUCGGGGUGGUCGUGAGUACUCUCCUAGGCAUUCACCCUACGGUGGAAGGUCAAGAAGGGAUCGGUCCAGGUCAUAUUCUCCUUAUCAUAGCCCCGAAAGGAACUAUGCUCGUGGCUCUAGCUCAAGCCAUUCUGGUUCAGAGUAUAAGCCUGUAGGAUCUUCUCCGCCUGUGAUUGUGGGCAAUAAGCCCUUGGCUUUGGAUUUGUCUGAAUGGAUGGCUGGCUGCCUUCGUCUGCAGACACGAGUACUGUGGUAUCGGGUUGGUCUGUAUUGUAGAAUUCUGGUUGUUGGAGAUAUUGAAAGUUUUCACUUGAGAAUGGAAUCGGAUCAUUACACUGACCAUGAAGAAGAAGAAGAAGAAGAACAUAUCAUCGGUGAUUGCCUCGUCUUCGAAGAAGGCAUUUUUGAAGACCCAUUUCUCAAAGAAACAUUCGAACCCAGUAUUGAUAAACCCCAAAACCGAAAAUCUAAAAUUGAAGUUGAGCCUGAGAAUUUGGUUCCAGAGAACUGGAAAGAAGCUCAGGCGGCGAUCAACAUUACGAAGAAAGAAAGGCGAAAAAUUGCGCAGCAAUUGGAGUUUGGUAGUAGGGUAGAGAAGAGGAAGCAAGGGUUGAGGCCUAUAGGGAAUGUGAGUUUGGAGGAGUAUGUUAAGCGUAGGGAUGAUAAUUUGGCCCAAUUGAACCCCGUUGUUCUAGAUAAUCCAAAUUUUCUUGCGCGUAUUGGGGAGUUGAGGGAUGGUGAAGUGGGUAGCUCAGUUUCGAAUAGUAGAGUGGCACCGAGGAAUCCAAGGCUGGCGGUGUAUGGUGGUACUUUGGAUGACAUUUCAGAGUUUUUCAGUAGUGGGAAUUAUGAUCCUAGUACUGCCCAGAAAUCAGAAGGUCCUCGUAAGUUGUUUACAAAGGACGAAAAAACUUUAUUGAAUAGGCGGAUACCUGAUCUUGCUGCUGCCACCUCUGGCAAAUGGCAACCUUUGCACACUCUUGCUGCAUCUGGAGAAUUUUACCUUGUCAAUGUUUUGUUGAAGCACUGCAGUGAUGUCAAUGUCCCAGACAAGGAAGGAUUGACUGCACUUCACAAAGCAAUUCUUUGCAAAAAGCAUGCUAUUUUUAAUUAUCUUUUGAGAGAAUCGGCAAAUCCAUUUGUUCGCGAUAAGGAAGGGGCUACCUUGAUGCACUAUGCUGUCCACACGGCAUCAAGUCAGAUGAUAAAAAUUCUUCUGUUGUAUAAUGUUGACAUAAACCUCGCGGACAAUGAUGGGUGGACGCCAUUACAUGUAGCUGUUCAAUCCCGCAGAACAGAUAUUGUGAGGCUUUUGUUAAUCAAGGGAGCUGAUAAGACCUUAAAAAACCGGGAUGGUUUAACCCCACUGGACCUUUGCCUUUAUUCUGGUCGAGACACAAGGACUUAUGAGCUCAUCAAGCUGAUGAAACAGUUUCCCAGCCACCCCAAACUGGUCUGA